GGGCCGCCGCCCACACACUCCGGGCCGCGGGGUCGCUCCGGAGCGGCCGGGCCGGGCGGCGCAGCCAUGGAGCCCUGGAGCCCGGAGCCCCGGGUCCCGGCGCCCGACUACUACUACGACUACUACAACGGCUCGGGCGGGGCGGCGUGCGGCGGCGAGGACGAGGGGGCCGACGACUGGGAGCUGUCCUACUCGCUGCUGCCCGUGCUCUACAUGCUGGUGUUCGUGCUCGGCCUGUCGGGCAACGGCGUGGUGAUCGUCACGGUGUGGCGCGGCCCCGGGGGCGCGGGCGCGGGCGGCGGGGCCAAGCGACGCGCCACGGACGCCUACAUCGGCCACCUGGCCCUGGCCGACCUGGCCUUCGUGGUGACGCUGCCGCUGUGGGCCGCCUACACGGCGCUGCGCUUCCACUGGCCCUUCGGGGCCGCGCUGUGCAAGCUCAGCAGCUACUUGGUGCUGCUCAACAUGUUCGCCAGCGCCUUCUGCCUGACGGGCCUGAGCUUCGAGCGCUACCUGGCCGUGGGCCGCUCGCUGGGCCGCCGCGGGGGCCCGGCCCCGGCGCGCGGCCGGCCCGGGACGUCGGCCGCGCUGGCCGCGCUCUGGCUGCUGGCCGCGCUGCUGGCGCUGCCGGCGCUGCUGCUGCGGGACACGCGCGCGCAGCCGCCCGCCAACCUCACGGUCUGCGACAUGGACUUCAGCAGCGUGGCGGCGGCGCCCGAGCACGAGGCCUACUGGCUGGGCGGCCUGAGCCUGGCCACCACGCUGCUGGGCUUCGCGCUGCCCGCCGGCCUCAUGGGCGUCUUCUACUGCUGCAUCGGCUGCGCCGUGAGCCGCCACUUCGGGGCGGGGGCCGCGGGCGCGGAGCGGCCGGGGCCCCGGGGCCGGGGCCAGCGGCGGCGCCUGCUGCGCCUCCUGGCCGCGCUGGUGGCCGUGUUCGCGCUCUGCUGGCUGCCCUUCCACGUCCUCAAGAGCCUCUACGUGCUCAGCUGGCUGGGGCUCGUGGCGCUGCCGUGCGCGGCGCAGGCCCUGAUCGUGCGCCUGCACCCCUACGCCACCUGCCUGGCCUACGUCAACAGCUGCCUCAACCCGCUGCUCUACGCCUUCCUGGACCGCCGCUUCCGCGCGCAGUGCCGCCGCCGCCUGCCGCGGCCGCCGCUGCUGGGCCGCCGGGCCCGGCCGCCCGCCUCGGGGCCCCCGCUCGGGGAGCCCGCGGCGCCCGCCUCGUCCAGCGCCAGCGCCGCCAGCGCCGCCAGCGGCCACACGCAGCGCUCCGAGCUGGCCUCGCUGGCCACCAAGCUAGGGAGUCCGCCUCCGAGCGCGCAGCCGGGACACGUGUCUGAGGUGGGGUCGGGGACAGGCCUUCCUCGGCCGCCGCCCCGAGCCCCCGGAGCUGCCGCGCUAGCGGAGGGGAGCCCGCCCUUGGUGAGCACCGGCUCCACUGGCUCGCGGGCUCUCACGUGCGUAAAACUCGGACACCACGGAGCCAAAAGAAUAGGGGCGGCGGGACGCCGUGCGCCCAGGGACCUGGCCUUGGGUCCGAAGCCCCGGGUGCGGUUACGGCCUCGGACAGCUCCGGUCAGAAUCCAGCGUGACCCCCGGACCGAGCCGGUCACCCCAGUUCUCCCCGAAACUUCCCGUGUAAGUUCCGGAGCAGGCGCCCAACGCGCCCAACUCGAUCUGGCUGAAGGGGGUCUCUUCGCCCGGGCCCGGCGCGGGGGCUGCCUGCUCCCCAAGCCGGGAGCCCUGGCGAUGCUCGGACCCGCUUCAGGACCCCAGCCCGCGGGGGACGGAGCUUCAGCGACCGCAGAAGGGAAUACGGACGGACUCGGGGACGGCUGGGCAAAGGCGCGGGGGCGGGGCGGGUACGAGAACCUUGCGGGUGAGGAGCGGCAAAUCGACGGGCUGGACUUCUGCCAGUAG